AUGUCUGAACUUCUAAGUUGUCUCUCCCGCAACAUGGAUAUAUUCGCUUGGAAUGUUGAGGACAUGCCUGGAAUUGAUCUAGAGGUUGUAGUAUAUAGACUUAACAUAAACCCGGAAGCAAGACCUUUCGUUCAGGAAGUACAAUAUCCCAAAUGGCUUGCCAACGUGGUUCUUGUCAAGAAAGCUAAUGGAAAGUGGCGAGUUUGCAUUAACUUUACAGAUCCGAAUAAAGCAUGCCCUAAAGACAGUUAUCCCUUAUCUCGAAUUGACAAUAUGGUAGAUAGCACGUCAGGUCAUAUGCUGUACAGCUUCUUGGAUGUUUUCUUGGGGUAUCACCAAUUUCUCAUGGUAGAAGAAGAUCAAGAGAAGACCUCGUUCAUGGUAGAUUCAGCCAUCUACUGCUACAGGGUCAUACCCUUUGGACUGAAGAAUGUUGGAGCAACAUAUCAAAGGUUAGUGAACAAGAUCUUCGCCAAGCUAAUUGGGAAAACGGUCGAAGCAUACGUGGAUGAUAUGGUGGUUAAGAGCAAACAUUUGAAUAGCCAUGUUUCUGAUCUAGAGGAAGUGUUUGCUAUGUUACGGAGGUACAACAUGAAGCUCAACCCGGCAAAGUGUGCGCUUGGGGUGGCGUCUGGAAAAUUCUUGGGUUUUAUGAUCACACAUAGAGGAAUAGAGGCGAAUCCUAAUAAAAUCCAAGCUCUGAUAAAUAUGGAGGUCCCUAAGUGCAAAAGGGACAUUCAGAAGUUGACAGGUCACGUAGCAGCACUGAACAUGUUUGUUUCCCGGGCAGCAGACAGGUAUUUCCCCUUUUUCAAACUACUUAGGGAAAAUAAAGAAACACGAUACACGCUUGCUGAACAGCUCGUCCUUGCUUUAUUAAUAGUUGCCAAAAAAUUACGGUCGUACUUCCAGUCACGUCCAAUUGUUGUGCUCACCAACAAACCUUUCAAACAUAUACUUCAGAAGCCAGAUGUCUUAGGGAGAUUGCUGAAAUGGGCAAUUGAACUCGACGAAUUUGACAUAGAGUUCAUGCCACGACCUGCAAUCAAGGCCCAAGCUUUAGCUGACUUCAUAGCAGAGCUUACUCCGAGAUCAUUAGAAACACCGGCCAAGGGCUCGAACUCGACCUUAGAAAUAUGGGAGAUUUUUGUUGAUGGAGCAUCCAAUAGUUCGGGCUCGGGGGCCGACAUUAUCAUCACAAGUCCGGAAAAGACUACGGAGAUACAAUGCGCUCUCAGAUUUGAAUUCGAAGCUACCAAUAACGAAGUACAGUACGAAGCCAUUGUUAUAGCCCUGGAACUCACAAAAAAUCUUGAGUGCGAGUGCGUUAAAGUUUUCAGUGACUCACAGCUAGUGGUAGCCAGAGCUGAAAAUGCCAAGGCUGAUGCAUUAUCUAGACUCGUCUUCAUGGGUGUGGACGGGCUCGAUAGAACAGUGCACAUCAAGAUGGUUAGAGAACCAAGUAUAGCUCAGAAGCCAAGUGUCAUAGACAUCUUGCAUACCAUCGGCUUGCCAGAAGCAUUCGGUAUAGAGCUGAGUUUCACACUCCCCUAUCUAAGAUGUCUCAAACCUUCCGAGUCUCUUCAAGCAAUGACUGAAGUUCACGAAGGCAUUUGUGGAAAUCACCAGGAAGCUCGAGCUCUUGCAUAUAAGUUGAUAAGGUUCGGGAUACCAAAAGUCCUCAUCACAGAUAAUGGAAGGCAAUUCAACAAUCCCCAGUUCAAGAACUUCUGCGCCAGUAAGGGGAUUGAUCAUCGCUUAACCUUGGUCUCACACCCACAAAGUAUCGGGUUAGCCGAAGUAACUAAUCGGAUCAUAUUGCAGGACCUCCGAACAAGGAUAGGGGAUGCCAAAGGUGACUGGCCUGACGCGACCAUCCCAAUUGAGGUUAGCCUCCCCACAAUAAGAAAGCUCGAGACAACUAGGGAGAUGCAAACUACCGAGCACCUUAACUUGCUUGAAAAGAUAAGGGAGCAAGCCUCACUUAGGGCUGUGAGUUAUCAAAACAGAACGGCAAAGCACUUUAACAACAAGGUCCAGACCAAGAGGUUCAGAGCUGGCGAUCUUGUCCUUAGAAAAGCAGAAGCCGUCGGACACCAACCAGGGAAACUCGGGCCGACAUGGGAGGGACCUUACGAGGUCAUAAGAAAACUUAAAGGUGGAGCCUAUAGCCUCAGAGACACAUCGGGGAGACCACUCCCAAGGCCAUAG